CUUCCACCAUCCUGUCUGAGCAGACGGAGAGGAAACAGAUGACUUGUCUGCAGCAUUCAGGUUGAAACCAGCCAAUUAGUAUCUCCAGAGCUCAGAUUGAAGAUAUUUAAAACCUCGAAGGACCGACUUUAAAAGAUGCACUGAUGACGUUCCCCUCCACAAACUGAGUCCACAUCCCUAAACCCGCCCAGAUUCUGCUCCAAUGAUCCACCUCCUCUAAACCCACCACAGUCCACCUUCUCUUGCUCAGUGGGCGGGGCUGGCCCGGCCGGGGGACGGCGGUGGGCGUGACGAGGGAUGGAGAGCUGCUGCAGCAGCAGCGCCGAUUCUCGGCUGACUGGGAGAGGGGUGGGGUCUAUUAACACCAUUCCCAUCUGUGCACGGGUGGAGUCGUAUGAAUCCGGGGACAAGAAGUGCAUCUCUGACGUGAGGAGGACGUUCUGCCUCUUCGUCACCUUUGACCUCUUGUUCAUCACCUUACUCUGGAUCAUAGAGCUCAAUGUGAACGGUGGCAUCGAGAAGCAGCUGGACCAAGAAGUCCUUCAUUACGAUUACCACGCCUCCUUCUUUGACAUCUUUCUCCUGGCUGUUUUCAGGUUCGCCACUCUCAUCCUGGCCUACGCCGUCUGUAGACUUCGUCACUGGUGGGCCAUUGCAAUCACCACUGCAGCCAGCUGUGCUUUCUUGAUCAUUAAAGUCAUUUUAUCAAAGUUGCUGUCUCAGGGGGCCUUUGGGUACCUGCUCCCCAUCAUCUCCUUCGUGUUGGCCUGGAUUGAAACGUGGCUGCUGGACUUCAAGGUUCUGCCUCAGGAGGCCGAGGAUGAAAACAGAUAUCUGUCCAUCAUGGACGCCACAGAGCGAGCGGCUCUCAUGGGUCCGGGUCCUUUAUCUGACGGACAGUUUUACUCCCCUCCAGAGUCUGUGGCAGACUCUGAUGAGGAGCUGGACGACAAACAUGAUCCAGAAAAGGGGUUAAUCAACGGGUGACUUAACAGGAUCUCUGCUGCUGAAUGUGGACGUUUUCUCCUGCUGAGGGAAAACUCUGCCUUACACAUUCUGCUGUUUUAGUUUUUAUUUCACAGGAACUUUUUGAACACUUGAACCCACGACUGCACCACGGUUUAUAUCAGCCUCCUGCAUGAACACGCAGACAUGAGAAAGUGCUGCUUUAAAAGCCUUCAGCUUCACUGUUUCGUGGUUGUUUCCCCACAUUUAAAGGAACUCUGGGACUUUGAAAAGACUUCUGAUGAACGGAAAUGAUUGCAGAAUCAUCUCGGACUACAGGAUAUAUGUGAAGAAUAUGAAUUAAAUCAGCACACAGUGCUGAUUCCAGUGUCAGAGCAUCAUUCAUGUGCUUUAGUGACACCAGGGUUUACUAAAUUCUCAGAGAAAUGUCUUACUGUCGUCAUGUUUACGUUUCUUUUUGAUAAUUGUCAUGCUCUGAUUUUAAGCUGAUGUAAAGGAGAAUAAUCUCCAUGAACUCUGCAUGAAGGAAAGUUUUUGGCCAGUAUUGAGCUGAAAUGAAGGAAUAUUUAUGAGUCACUGUGUUAAAUACCGCUUUAACGGCCACAUAUGAAGACAUAAAGGACAUUUUGCUGGUAAAAAUGCUGUUUCUGAGAGAACACAAGCUUUUUAUCCUACCUUAAACUGAAUGAGCCAUGUAUCUGCAGUAUUUACAAAGAGGAAACUGUUGGAAAAACUGCUGUUGGAGCUCUUUAUUUGAAAACAUGUACAUAUCUUCAUGCAUGCCCUGCGAGCCAAACAGUUUUGUUUUUAUGAAAGCUUGUCUGUAAAAUAGA